CCCGCCGCCGCGCCCGCUCCCCGCGCCGCCGCGCUCCUCGCCCCGCGCCUGCCCCCAGGAUGGUCCGUCCCAGGCACCAGCCCGGCGGGCUCUGCCUCCUGCUGCUGCUGCUCUGCCAGUUCAUGGAGGAUCGCAGUGCGCAGGCUGGGAACUGCUGGCUCCGCCAAGCAAAGAACGGCCGCUGCCAGGUCCUGUACAAGACAGAAUUGACCAAGGAGGAGUGCUGCAGCACCGGCCGCCUGAGCACCUCAUGGACCGAAGAGGACGUAAAUGACAACACGCUCUUCAAGUGGAUGAUUUUCAAUGGGGGCGCCCCCAACUGCAUCCCCUGUAAAGAAACGUGCGAGAACGUGGACUGUGGGCCCGGGAAAAAAUGCCGAAUGAACAAGAAGAACAAACCCCGCUGCGUCUGUGCCCCAGAUUGUUCUAACAUCACCUGGAAAGGCCCAGUCUGUGGGCUGGACGGAAAAACCUACCGCAACGAAUGUGCACUCCUCAAGGCCAGAUGUAAAGAGCAGCCGGAACUGGAAGUCCAGUACCAGGGCAAAUGUAAAAAGACCUGUCGGGAUGUUUUCUGUCCAGGCAGCUCCACAUGCGUGGUGGACCAGACUAAUAAUGCCUACUGUGUGACAUGUAACCGCAUUUGCCCAGAGCCCACCUCCUCUGAACAGUAUCUCUGUGGGAAUGAUGGAGUAACCUAUUCCAGUGCCUGUCACCUGAGAAAGGCUACCUGCCUACUGGGCAGGUCUAUUGGAUUGGCCUAUGAGGGAAAGUGUAUCAAAGCAAAGUCCUGUGAGGAUAUCCAGUGCACUGGUGGAAAAAAGUGUUUAUGGGAUUUCAAGGUUGGCAGAGGCCGGUGUUCCCUCUGCGAUGAGCUGUGCCCUGAGAGUAAGUCUGAGGAGCCUGUCUGUGCCAGUGACAAUGCCACCUACGCCAGUGAGUGUGCCAUGAAGGAAGCGGCCUGCUCUUCAGGCGUGCUGCUGGAAGUGAAGCACUCCGGAUCUUGCAACUCCAUUUCGGAAGACACCGAGGAAGAGGAGGAAGAUGAAGACCAGGACUACAGCUUUCCUAUAUCUUCCAUUCUAGAGUGGUAAACCCUCCACCAAUGUUCAGUGUUGACAUAGCCUUUGGGCAAAAAAAAAAAAAAAGAAAGAAAAAGAAAAAGAAAAAAUAUAUUGUCCAUACUGUAAAUAAGUGUAUGCUUAUUUAUUUGGGGGGAAAACUAUACAUAAAGGACAUUUGUCCUAAAGCUCUCUCCCAGGCCACCUUGUUACUCACUGGACCCGGAGAGGCAGUCAUUGUGAGGUCUACUGGAUGAGGCCCAUAGUUGAGACUUGUAGACAUUUAUUUAUACUGUGUCAUGUUUUAUAAUUUAUACAUAAAAUGUCUGGUUGACUGUACACCUUGUUUUUGAAGAAAUUUAUUCGUGAAAGGAAGAGCAGUUGUUAUUUAUUGUGAGGUCUCUUGCUUGUAAAGUAAAAGCUUUUUUUUUUCCUUGUAAACCAUUUAAGUCCAUUCCUUACUAUUCACUCACUCAUCUGUCUCCCUUCAUUUCACUGUUGUUAGACUCUUUUCCAUUAUAACAAACUUGCAUGUCAGUUUCUGUCAUGUUUAUUUAUUGGAUUCUCUGCUGCCUGUUCUGUACAUACAUGAUCCCUCGGGUUUUGUUUACAAGGAAUCUUGACUGACCAAAAGGCAUUAUAACUCUGACUCACAUAGAAGGUACACAGGAUACAUCUUUGAGGAAAUUCCUACUUCCGUUCUCUUUUGUGAUGAAGACAUUUGUGAGAGGGGCUGAUAGCAAUGUUGGGUUUCUAAUAAUGUACUUUUAAGAUGUUACAGAUCCAAAGAAAUUGAAUGAUAUGGGUGUCAGGAGCCUGAAGGAAGGGGAAUGCUACACAUUCGACCUUUUGUUAGGUGUUUCCUUUAAGCUAGUCUGCUGUACCUUUUAAAUUAGUCCUUUUCACCCAAUGUGUCAUGAAAAGUUAUAUCAAAGCUUUAUCAGUUCAAGUUUCUUGCUUUUCAUAAUACUUUUUUCUGAUGCAAUUUUAUAUUUUCAAACAU